CUUUCCUCCAUGGCUUGUAAAGUGUGACGGUUUCUGAUCGAUAGUGAGAACCCUCCGUGAAACUGUUGUAAGCAGGGAUUUGUUUUCUCCCAGCAGAUGGCAGAGCUGGGCAGGACUGUGAGGGUGAGCGGCCUGCCCGCUGACAUUGGGGAUGACAGGCUAAAAGACAAGCUAUUUAUUCACUUCCUGAGAGCCAGGAAUGGAGGAGGGGAAAUAAACUCUGUCACCAUUGUCAAGGCAACGCCCGUCUCUGCCCUCAUCACUUUCGAGGACAGCGGAGUGGCACAGAGAGUUAUCCAACACAGACGGUACACUCUGGAAGUGGAUGAAAAGAAGUAUGAAGUCAUUGUAACUCAUCACAGAGAAAGCCUGGACCCAGACAAGGUCAUCCUACGUUUAUCAGCAACUGUCGACCACAGCCAGCUUCCUGGAGGAAUAAACGCACUGACGAGCCUUCAUAAGAGCCACCCUGAUAUCCAGAUAAACUACGAUGCUAUUGAAGAUUUGUGCACAUUGAAUGGCGCCUAUUCCAAUGUCCAGUCUGCUCUGGCACAACUAUUUGGCCAUCCCAAAGGCGCACAAUCAGCUGAAAACCGAGACUCGGGUCAACCUGCCGCCAGCGGCUCCAGGUCCGUUCAGACACCGCAGAAGCCUCAUAUUCAGGAGUCAGAGGGUCAGAGCAGUAAACCUAAUGAGCAAAGAGAACAAGAGAAAGUUCUCAAUGGCAGGGCCUCCGAUGCGUUCAACCCCGACCCACAAAGAGACCAUUCACCUGGUGGAUUUGUUUUGGAAGAUACUGGCCAGACAGAAGGUGCAGCUCUGCAGCUUCCUGGGCAUCCUACGACAUCAGAGGAGGACUUCUCACUAAUUGUGGAUGCAGACAUGUUCCAGUAUCUCCAGAAACACUGCAGGAAGGAAUACCAGCACAUCCUUAGUCAGUAUGGUGUUGAUGUAGUGGAUAUGACCAAUCGGGGGUUGACGACUCUGUUUUUGCAGGUUGCAACAGGAGUGGGGGAGGAUGUCUGGGAUCAGGGGUCCCUAAAGUUGGCAAUGAAGGCAAUAAGUCGGCUUUAUGAGGAGAACGAGACCAAGAUCUGUCGAGACCAUCUCCCGAAGAGUAUCCUGUCCCUCAGGGGAGGUCAGCAAAGGGUGAUGGACACCUUAAGUGUCCGAUUUCCUCAGCUUCUUCUGAAUGAAGAUGAGCUAAAUAUUUACAUCAUUGGGAGCAGUAGUGAUGUGUCUGAGGCAAAGCGGUUACUUCUCCUGGGCCCUAGCAAAGUGAGAGGUAAAGAAGAGGAUGUAGCCAGUCUUCUUACAUAUCCUCCAAAUGACUCUGGUUCAUCAACUCGUGCUCAUGAGCGGAGAGUCCCCCAUACCUUGUACUCCACUGCAGAUUCUCAGAGUGACCGGAUGGAUCAGCAGAAGUCAGAGGAGGAUGAGAGGAGGGCUGAAGGGACCAGGAAGUACAAACUAGCUGCUCGGUUUAAGGAUUCAGGGCUUCCUGCAUUAGGCAGUCGACCAACUGACUUCAGCUUACGAGGGCUCUCGCCUCCCAUUCGACAAACACACCAGGGGCCAAUAUUGGGUCAUGAUGUACUGUCAGACACAGCAGGGAUUUAUGAUGAAAGAGUCUCCAGAGCGUCAGCCCAAAACACUGGAGGGGACAUCUUGUUUCAGAGUAGAGAUGCUUUGCCUUCAAAAGCUUCAACACAGAAUAAAACCUCGAAAGCUCAUUCAAUUGAUACUCGACCAAAAAGUUUAAGUUUAAUAUCUCCCAUCAACCCGACCGAGUCCAGUUCAUCAGGAAGUACUGCGCUUCCACCCGUUGGAUCUGGAGCCAUCUUGAAGCGAACCAGGAGUUUCUCGGGAACACCUCUGCAGAAAGCUCAAGUUGUGAGUCAGAAGAGUCAAGACGACUCCGCCAGGCCGACGGUCAGAGAGAGGGCCAGGUCCUCUAGCGUCAGUCUCCAAACCCGGAGGGACAAGCGGGAAGUCUACAAUGCAGAGAUUACAGUUUCCAUUGCCAUGUGGUUGCACAUAAAAGAAGCCUACAGCUCCCGAGUGGACGACCUGACUUCUGAUGUCCAGAUGAAAGAGAGCAUCUUAGAGGGUAGUCGUAAUCUGAUCGUCACCUUAAGAGGGGCAAACUCAUCCAAAGUGGGUUUGUGUCAGCUAGGUUUGCAGAAUCUGAUUGAUUUGGUUUGUAUAGACUUCUCUGUGCACAAGCUGUGCCUGUCAGAGCUGGGCAUCACUGACGUAGCAGACGAAGCCUUACAGGCGUGUUGCACUGAGUUGCAGGGUCGGUUUAAGAACGUGACUGUGAAGAUUUUAAAAAAGGGCUUAUAUCUUUACGGCCCGAACGUGUUGUGUUCUCAGUUAGGUGCUACACUGCGGGAGGUUCUUUCUAGAGAGCCAGCCCAAAUUCAGGACCUCUCUGGCCCUUCUACCUCCAAAUGGACUCCAGACACAUUGGUGCAAAUGAAUGAGGACCAAAGUACGAGCCUGCGCUGUCACAGUAACCCUCAGGUGAUGCUAGAGAGCCCAACAAGCAAAGCCGAUGGGACUGAUAGUAGCCAGGAAAGGAAAACACGCCAGAGAAGUGGCUUCCGUGAGACAGAGUGUGUGAAUAGAUCCGUUCACCAACCGUUAGUGAGGAAAAACCCGGUCAUCAAAGAGAAAGUGAAAAUGUUAAACAGUGAAACGGAUGGACAUGAGUCAUUUGUGAGCCACACCGAAACAGGAAUUGAUAGUGCGAGUCAUGUGAAUGACGCCACGUCAACAACAACGCCUACGGGUGAAGACAUGGCCCUGAAUAAGAAAGAGAGAACGAUACAUUCCACCCACAAGGACCGUGUGCAGCGAAGACGAGCGACCCAGGACCCACCAGAGGAGCCCGGUCCUGGAGGCCCGGGGUGCAUCUGUGUGUGUGGAGAGAGUGAGAUGUUGAUGAAGACACAGUGUGGAGCUAGCAUGUGCUCAAAUUGCCUGGACACUGUGCACGUCCACUGCAGAGUUUGCCAUGAGACGGAGGCGACGCCACGGGGCAUCACGGGCAAAAUUAGCUGCUCUAAACUCAACAUCGCUGUACCUGGUCACCAGCACGACUCCACCAUCAAGAUCACGUACUGCAUUCCGGAUGGUGUCCAAGGGGAGGAUCAACCUUCUCCAGGAGAACCAUUUCACGGAGGCGUGUUUGAAGCUUUUCUUCCCGACAGCGAGAAGACGAGGAAGCUGGUGCCACGGCUGAAAGAAGCAUUCAGGCAGGGACUCACCUUCACAGUGACGGGAACAGACACAGGGGCCAGGGUUUCCUGGGACUGCAUCCCACACAAGACCACCCUAUAUGGGGGCAAAUCAGGGAACGGUUACCCAGACUCCACUUAUUUGACUCACUUGUCUGAAGUGUUGACUGCCAAGGGGAUUGGAGAGCCACCAGCCAAAUCUUAAUAAUGAAAGCAAUCUGAGGAGGAUUUCUUAAGCAGUUUUAGAAUCAUGUUGUUUUGGACCAUUUCCUCUGUAUUUAUAUGGUGAUUAGUAUCCACUUUUAUUUUGUUGUUUUUCAGAAAAAUGUGUGUAAAUGAAAAUUGUGACCAAUCACUGUUGUCUUAUUCAGUUCACAUAUGAUUCCUGAACAUGUUCUUCAUUGAUUCAACCUGUAAAAUAAGUGCACGGUACUGUUUAUAGAUAUUAAUCUGUUUUACCACCCUGUGUAGUUUUAAGGAUCCUGUAAUUUUUUUGGAGGGUAAGAUUAUAUUUGUAAAGAUUUUCCAGAAAGGAUAGUGAAAUAAAAGAGCACAUCUCCUGA